AUGGUUUUCGAUUUCUGCUAUGGACGAAGUUAUUCAAUGGAAAUUCUUCUGAGAGGUGGGUAUUUUAACGACGACGAAAUUGCUGUUGCCGGCGAUGAGGUCGACAACAUCGUAGAUUUUCGGUGCUCCUCCUCGGAUUGCUUCAAUCGAUUUAGAAUAGGUCACAACAGGUGGAGAUCAAAUACGGGCUAUAGAGAUCCAAACCUAAAUCGGGGAAGACGCUGCAUCGACAAAGAUGGUGAAACUUUUAUCGGCCAAAUAUUUUCAGCAACAGGUAGAUCAGCAAUGGGUACAGGAAAAUAUGAGCUUCAGUUAAGUUGUUGCCUUCUUCCGGAGGGCAAAUCGUCUCCACCGUUGAUCCCACCUGAAUCGACUGUAACUGUAGCGGUUCCUUUUUGCACUUGGUUGCCCUUCCGUUUCAGUUAUCAUCAGAAAAGCAGCAAAGUCUACUACCUGUCGAUACUGUACUGA